AAGGAACAAAGACAGUCUGUUCCAUCUCAAGUGAUGACUUUACAACUGCUGUGCAGCUAGCAAGUGUGUACAUUUCUUAGAAUACACAAUACUUAUUUAAAACCAGCACCUAUUGUGUAAGAGGGAAAUGACAAACUCUAAAUUCUUCAAGAGCUCCUCGAUACAUUUGUCAUAAAUGCUGCCACAGAACUACCUAAAUCAAGGGCAAUGAACUCCUCUGAGUUCCUCAAUGGAAUACAAGAUAAACAAGGGUCUGCUUGGAGUGAUCACUGAUGAAAGUGGAGAAAUGACAGGACAAAAUGGCACAAUUCAGGUUCAGCACCUUCUACUUUGGUUUUGAGGCAACACUUUAACUCUAUAGUGGCUCUCCUUCUCUGAUAACCUUUUUUAUGUUUGAAUGACAUUGUAAAGUUUCAGAAAAUGAGCUUCUUAGCUGAAAACAGGAACACCUUGAAUGUGACGACCGUUUCUUUCAUCCCGCUGAACCUUGAUCUCCAACUGUUCAAACAGGACUCUCUGCUGGGGAACGUUAACGUCUCACAUGCCUGUAACAGGACUAUGAAUGCUGAGAACCUCUCAGACCUGUCCUGCGCCGACAGCCUCGCGCCACAGUGCUUUUCAUUAGUCUCUGUCACGGAUAAGAACUGGCCAGCCCUGCUCAUUGUGAUUGUGAUCAUCUUAACUAUCGCCGGCAACAUCCUAGUGAUUAUGGCUGUCUCCCUGGAGAAGAAACUACAGAAUGCCACCAAUUAUUUCUUGAUGUCUCUUGCCAUCACUGAUAUGUUGCUGGGUUUUCUGGUCAUGCCUGUCUCCAUGCUCACAAUACUCUACGGAUAUGCUUGGCCUCUGCCUUCACAACUGUGUCCCAUCUGGAUUUACUUGGAUGUGCUGUUCUCCACUGCGUCCAUCAUGCAUCUGUGUGCGAUUUCCCUGGAUCGGUACAUUGCCAUAAGAAACCCCAUUCAUCACAGCCGUUUCAACUCAAGAACUAAGGCCUUCAUGAAAAUAAUAGCUGUUUGGACUAUAUCUGUCGGGAUAUCUAUGCCUGUUCCGGUUUUCGGCUUGCAGGAUAAAUACAAGUUUGUCAAGGACGGCAGCUGCUUUCUCACUGACGACAACUUUGUUCUGGUGGGAUCCUUUGUGGCCUUCUUCAUUCCAUUUACUAUAAUGGUAGUGACCUACUUCUUGACAAUCAGGGCUCUGCAGAAUGAAGCCACCAUGUGCUUGGAUGAACUGGUCCCCAAAACCAAAUGGACAUCCUUUGGCUUCCUCCAGCAGAGCUCCAUGUCCUCAGAAAAGCUGUUCCGCAGGUCACUGAGCAAAGACUUUGGCGUUUGCGGACGACGGACCAUGCAAUCCAUCAGCAACGAGCAAAAGGCAUCCAAGGUCCUUGGGGUUGUCUUCUUUUUGUUUGUGAUCAUGUGGUGCCCUUUCUUUGUUACCAAUGUGCUGGCCGUAAUCUGUAAGGACACCUGCAACACUUGUGUAAUUGGUGGAUUGCUCAAUGUCUUUGUGUGGAUCGGUUACCUGUCUUCUGCAGUCAACCCCCUUGUGUAUACACUGUUUAACAAGACGUAUCGUUCAGCAUUCUCGCGCUACAUCAAGUGUCAGUACAAGGAAGAGAAGAAGCCACUGCAGCUCAUUUUGGUCAACACUCUUCCACCUCUGGCCUACAACUCCACUCAGCUCCAGCUGGAAGACAUGAACACGCUGAGAAACGGCAGCCAGAUAGAAAGCAAAGACUAUUCUGUUGUUUCCUUAGGGAUUCGUCAUUUUAAUAGUUCUAAACCCAAUGGCGGUCAGGUGACUGAGAAGAUGAGCUGUGUGUAACUGUGCUGGACUAUCAUUCAUUUUAUGUACAAGAAAGUGAAGACAUUGAUAAAGACUUCUCGGUGAAACUUACAGUUUUACAAAUUUCUUUCUGUACAAGAAAGACUGACAAUAUGGAAACCCAUAGUAUUUAUCAAAAGAGAUAUACCACCGAGGCUGUAUCUUACAAUUAAUAUUACAAAUAAAAUGCUUUUACAACAGAAGCCACAGCAUACACUUCAAGAAUCAUUUUAUACAGCCAAAAUACAGGUGUAAUUAUGGGAAGAGGCAGUCAAGGUUUAUUUUAGUAUCAGUGAAGAGAAAACAAUACAAGUAUGUUUUGUUUUGCAAAAGCUACAUUUUCUACACUGAACCUGCUUUUCAAUGUUUAAUUUAACAUUUUAUGUUACCCCACCAAAAAAAAUAUUAUCGUGUUCGUCUUGGAGAUUUGCUAAAACUUCAUUUUUCAGUGGUAUGCAGCAGAAAUAGUUUUAACAUGGUAAUCCCCACAGUUCCUUAAAGAGUAAAUAGUUUUAAAUUAUAUUUUAACUUAAUUUGUUCUGAGAUCCUCUUUUGCUAGCACACUACUGAGUUUCACAUACUUACAAUUCUAUUUUCUGCCAACUGGUUGACAUUUCUAAAUUGUUAUGGUGGUACAGUUAGAGAAUUUGACAGGGCCUGGAGAAAUGUAACUAGCCCUAUAUGCAUUGCCUCUGUGACAUUCCAACAGCACUGGCUAAUUUACAAAGGUGCCAUUUGAAAUGUUUAAGGCAAGAAAUAUAAGGUACUACUUUCAUUUAAUUUUUCAUACCGUAAAUGGUCAUACAUUUGCAAAACAAAAUGGUUGUGUUACUGACACCUCACAUGAACCAUUACUGUCAUAGCCUUAAAUUAGAAAACAUGUCCACUCUGUAUACAGUAACUUGUCCUGUUUAAUUAUGUAAAGUGUAUUUAACAAUAGAGAUCCAUGUUGUACAAGACAAUGCUGUGAGAUAAAAACAGUGUCUGUAGUAUAUAUUUGAGAAGCUUGCAUGAAAGUUUGGUCUUCAUGUUUUUAAAACCCCUUUUAACUGCCAUCGUGAAAUAUCAUAGACUGUCUGCUAUAUCCUGUAUAGUUCAAGAUAGUAAAAUACCAUGGGCUGUCUGCCAUGUUUUGUAUAGUUCAUGAUAGUGAAAUAUCAUGGUCUAUCUGCCAUGUUCUGUAUAGUUCAAGAUAAUUAUGGAUCAAAAUAAUUUAGAAGUGAGCGCGUCACUGUAGGCACCUUUAAUCUCACUCUUAUCUACUUUAAAGGUCUUGUUCAUGCUUUAACACUUUUCUUUUUCAGAAGCUCUUUAAGAAUCAACUGAUUUAACUUUCAUAAAUUAUUUAACACACAAGGUUAACCUUUUCUUUUUCAAGUUUCUUUUUGAUGCAUAAUUGCUAAUUCUUGGUUAAUGCAACGAAGCGGCCAUUGGCGGAAAACAAACAUUGGGUAUGUUUCAUCUGCAGUUAAAGACAGGUUCUGAUAUUUUUAUGAUCCCUAUAGUCCAGAUUGAACAUCUCUAGGACAAAUCAAACCAAUCUUCUUUUCUUGCACUAGCAUUGUUUGAGAGUGUAAAAAUUACUUAAUUAAUACAACAUUUUUUACCAACAUUUUUUAUUUUGAAAAUGGUCUGGUAAAAUUUUAGUAGCAGUAUAUUUUACAACCGGAACCCCAUAUAUCAUCAAUAGCUAUUUAAUAAAUACGCUGCUGUCUUAGCUACAGACAGAGGAAUCCAAACAAAUAAUGAUGAGCACAUUUCUUUUCAGUGGCAUCUUUAUGAAAGUAACAAAAAGCCAGACAUUUUUUUUCUGGACCAUUACAAUAAAGUUUCCCAAAGAAAACGCUCAAGAUGUCCAGUUCUUAAAAAAAUACAGAGCCACACAAGUAGAUAUUAAUUUACCAUAGCAAAGGAAAAAAAAACUUAUGGUACACUGCACUGCAGACACAUUCAGAACCAACAGAAUAUAUAUUUAAUGUUGUUACUCAACUUUAUGUCUAGCGAUUUUUGUCUUAUCUGUUCAGAAUAAACUUGAUACUGUAAG